AUGGCUGAGAUUAAGGAUAAGGAGGUUACAAUCCAAGCAGUGCCAAUUUCAGGUUCAGCUGCGGAACCUAUCUCCGACGUGGACUCCUCUAAAGCGCCUAUCUCAGAGCGCAAUGGGAAGCAGAGAGUAGUGUGGUGGAGGAAGGCGGUGGGACUGAUCUGGGACUCGGUGGAAGGUGAUCCCAGAGACCGACGUUAUGUACAGAAACUGGAUUCAUACCUGUUCUCGUACAUCUGCUUUGGUUACUUCAUCAAGUACCUCGACCAAACGAACUACACGAACGCAUUCGUUAGCGGGAUGAAAGAGGACCUGCACCUCUACGGGAACGAGCGCAACUGGCUAAAUACUUACUUCAACAUCGGUAUCAUCAUCGGCACCAUUCCAUCCCAAAUGAUCCAGCUCAAGUACGUCCGCCCCUCCAUAUGGAUUCCCGCUUGUGAAAUCGUCUGGACAGCCCUAGUGAUGGCUAUGGCGGGUGCCAAAAAUGUCAAGACCCUUUACGUGCUGCGGUUCUUCGUCGGUCUUGCCGAAGCAUGCUCAUUUCCCGGAUAUGCGGCGUUGCUGGGAGGUUGGUACGGACCAACGCAAUUGACGAAGAGAGUCGCGAUCUUUGAGCAGACGAGUGCGAUUGCAUCGAUGUUCAGUGGCUACUUGCAGGCGGCGUUGUAUAAGGGACUGAACGGAAGAUUGGGCUUGGCGGGAUGGAGGUGGCUGUUUAUCUUUGAUGGAAUUAUUUCGUUCCCGAUUGCACUAUGGGGCCUUUUUGCGAUUCCUGAUCUUCCGCAUACAACGAAGGCGUUUUACUGGAGCGAGGACGACAAAAAGUACGGCGUCGAAAGAAUCGAGAAGCUGGGACGCAAAGCUCCAGAAAAGCUGACCUUGCGAGUUAUCAAGGGUGUAUACACCAAUUGGCGACUCUGGGCAUUCAUAUUGCCGUACCUAAUGGUAGCUCAAGCCGGUUCAGGGACGAAUUACUUCAAUCUCUGGCUAAAAGCCGAGAAGUAUAGUGUCGUACGCAUCAACACCUUGCCUACUGCUGGCAGCGCUAUCAGCGUGGUCGCUGCCUUUGCAUUUGGUAUAGUGGCGGACCGCACCGGGCAUCGAUGGUCCACCAUUGUUGCGAUUCAGAUCCUCGUUAUGAUUUCUAACAUUCUGCUCGCCGUCUGGGACAUCUCCAAGGGAGCGAAGUUCUUCGCAUUCUACUUGUCAUAUGUUGGAGCAGCCGCUCAACCUAUUGUUAUUGGUUGGGGCCAUGAAUUGAGCGCCGGCGAUCCGAAUUUGAGGCAGCUUUUGGUCGCCACGGGCAAUAUUUUCACAUACUGUUUCUCGUCCUGGCUCCCUCUGGCGCUGUUCCCGACGUAUGAUGCACCCAAAUACCAGUAUGGAUACCAGAUCUUGAUUCUUUUCGGGGGUUUCGCGAUCAUUGGGACGCUGUUAUUGCACUUCCUACACAGCAGAAGGCCAAAAGUGCAGGAGAUUGCUUGA